UAAUCAGGUAUUACAUAAAGAUCAAUCUAGGAGUGUUUAAGGUGGCCUAACGUAUAUGUAAUUAAUACAUGAUAUAAAUAGAAAAUAAAAAAUAUUUAAUUAUAAUUAUUAAUUAAUAGUUAUGAUUGACUUGGUUUAUCAAAACGGAUUGAUUUUAGUUUAUAAAAUAGAAGAUUGGGAGAUACUAAGAAAAGAGUAUAGAAUAAUAGGUAACUUCUUAGGAUCAACGCAAUAUGUACCUGCACUUCCCACACAACUACUACCUGAAGAAGCAGUUUUGCUCUUCAAAAACAAUGUGGCACAGCUUGUUAAAUACAGAAAUAUCUCUAAUCAGCUGCAAACACUCGAAGAAUACAAACAAUUUGAGCAAAAGCUACUGGCAGAGGAGAAGAACAUUUAUGUGGACAUGAAAUUGAAAACUGUACAGAUUUACAUUGACAAAAUCAUGAAAGGAAAACAUAAAAAGGGUGACCUAAGGAGUAAAGAGGAAAUAUUAAAAGAUGAAAUAAAUAAAGUUGUUGUUAAUGAGAACAACAUGAUAUGGCCCAUUUUAAGUUAUAACUCAAAUAUUGAAUCUGAACCAGAUAUUGAACUGCAAAAGGAUUUUACAAGGUUAAACAGUAAUAUAAAUAGCAUAGUAUUUGAAGAUUUAUGGCAGAAGGGUUACUGUGUUACUUCAGGACAAAAAUUUGGUGGAGAUUAUUUGGUAUAUGAAGGUGAUCCAUUAAUGUACCAUGCUGUUUUUAUAGUUAAGUGUUUGGAUGACCCUGAAACAAACUUACAUACUAGUGAGUUAAUUGCUUUUGGUAGAUUAAGCACUUCAGUCAAAAAGAGAGCAUUAUUAGCCACUGUAUCCAAUGAUGUAGUUAAAUAUAUUACAAUAAAUUGG